AUGACCAACCACACUUCCGUGAGAUAUUUUGUUCUCAUGGGAUUUUCAGAUGACUGGAAUUUGCAAAUUUUACAUGCUGUGGUAUUUCUCUUUGUUUACUUAAUCACUUUAAUGGGGAAUUGUUUCAUUAUAAUGGCAGUAGCAUUUGAUCAUCAUCUCCACAGUCCAAUGUAUUUCUUUUUGGCAAACCUUUCCUUGGUAGAUAUUUGUUCUAUCUGUACCACAGUUCCCAAAUCGAUAGUUAUAUCUCUGACAAACAACAAAGAAAUUUCUUUUGGUGGAUGUGUCACACAGGUCUUUUUCAUGGUUACAUUUGUUGGCAGUGAGCUGACUUUGUUAACUACUAUGGCUUAUGAUCGUUACGUGGCCAUCUGUAACCCUCUGCAGUAUAAGAUAAUCAUGAACUGGAAUGCCUGCAUUCAAAUGGCAGUUGCCAACUGGAUUUGCAACCUGAUCCAUGCAGUGCUGGAAACAGGGAUCACCUUUAGAUUAAAUUUCUGUGACUCUAAUAUGAUUGGCCAAUAUUUCUGUGACAUUCCUCAGUUACAAAAGAUUUCUUGCACUGAUAUAGAAGUCAAUCAAAUUCUGAUACUUAUUUAA